GAGUUGAAGUUCUAACACGCCUUUCAUUCUCAUUUCUCAUCAGUUCCUUCUUCAUUCUCUCUCUCCCUCCAUCUCCAACACAACUUAUGAUUGUAUAUGGGCAGCAAAAUCCAACCCAAAUCCCAUUCUUCAUCUCUCAUUGCCAGUUGUCAUUCCAAAGAAAGUUUCUUUACUUACUUUUUUCUUCAUCUUCAUCUUCUUCUUCUUCAUAUUCUCAUAUUCUCUUCAAACCAAACAAACAGUACCUUACAUUAUAUUAAGAUCUAUUAAUCACUAACACAAAAACCCAUAAUCUAUCUUUGUUAUCUCUCUGCUAAUGGAUCUGAUCUUCUCAUCCUCUUCUCCUCUGUUCCUCACUAUCAUUUUCUUUGCAUUCUCUAGAGGCACUUCCGGGGCAACAUUUACUAUAAUAAACAGGUGUGACCACACGGUAUGGCCGGGAAUUCUAGCCAAUGCGGGUAGCGCCAGAUUAGAAAGCACCGGGUUUGAGCUUGCACCCGGUGGAUCUCGGUCCUUCCAAGCUCCGCAGCUUUGGUCAGGGCGGUUUUGGGGCAGAACCGGUUGCGUUUUCAAUGUCAAUACCGGUCAAGGAAGCUGUGCCUCGGGGGAUUGUGGGUCCAACCAGGUGGAGUGCAAUGGAGCCGGUGCGGCACCACCGGCAUCUCUAGCCGAGUUCACAAUUGGGUCGGGUGGGCAAUCGGGUACCCAGGACUUCUAUGACGUUAGUUUAGUUGAUGGGUACAAUUUGCCAAUGUUGGUGGAAGCAAGUGGCGGGUCGGGCGCUUGUGGGUCGACCGGGUGCGUGGCAGAUUUGAACCAGCAGUGCCCGGCUGAGUUGCGGGCCGAGGAUGGGCAGGCGUGUAAGAGCGCGUGCGAGGCGUUUGGGAGUCCAGAAUACUGUUGCAGUGGUGCGUAUGCCACACCGAACACUUGUAAACCGUCAGUUUAUUCACAAAUGUUUAAAUCAGCAUGUCCAAGAUCAUAUAGUUACGCAUAUGAUGAUGCCACAAGUACAUUUACGUGUACCGGAGCAGAUUAUACAAUUACAUUCUGCCCUUCCGUGACGAGCCAAAAAUCUUCAAGAGACUCUUCAUCGCCAAUGACUAGCACAACAACAAAUGGGUCAACAGUAACUCCGGGAACAUCAUACGGGUCCGGGUCCGGGUCCGGUUCCGGGUCAACAGAUAGCCCAUAUUUUCCCGACAGUUCAUGGUUACCAAACUUUGUGCCAGGAGGCUCAUCAAAAACCAUCUCCAAUUUUGCACUGCAAUCUACUUUCACCUUUCUAAUCCUCUCUUUACUUCAUUUAUAGUCUCUCUCUCUCUCUCCUCUCUUUCUCUCUCUAGAGCACAUGCAUGCUGCUUUAUUGGUGACUUGGGAUUCACAUUGAGUGAAAAGCUGAUGAAAAUCCAGAUUGUAAAGCACAAUUUUCCACACGCCAUGCGUAUAGCGAAUUAAGUUUGUUUGUUUGUAUUUUUUUUAAUUCCAAGUAUUAAUUCGAAGAAGAUGUGCAAGGCAAAACAAAGAAUGAAUUGAAAGGGAAUAGCUUUUUGAAAGUGGUGGUGCUUUUAUUUUUUAUUUUUUUAAUUAAAAAUGGUUUAAUUAAUUUAGAAGAAUGAGAGAGAAAGUAGGGUUUGCUUUUCUUUGAAUCUGUCCCCAGCGGUGGUUGAUGGGUAUCAUACCCUUUACUGGAAUUGCAAGUUUGGUAGUUA